AUGAUGAAGCUUGUGGUUCUCGCUAUCUUGUUGACUGCUGCUGCAGCUUCCGUUGUUCCAUUGAUCUCCUCCCAAAGGGCAGUGAUCCCGCACUAUUCUCCCUAUGGUUUUGGUCAUGGCAAAGGAAUCAGCUCCAGGUACUUCGACAAGGUCGAGGGAUAUGGCUUGGGAGCCAAACUGCUCAGCUAUCCUUAUUAUGGCGCAGGAUAUGGGUUAGCAUACGGUGGCCUCGGAUAUGGAUUGGAUGGGUAUGGCGGUUACGGAUACGGAGGACCCCUCUACUUUUAA